CCUCUCUUGGGCCCUAUCUAAAUUCAUUUGCGUAAUAACAUUAUACAGUCCUCUCCGAUCGUACCUUUCCUAACAUAUCCUAUCAGACCUCACUUCCCUUCCUUCUCUCCCCUCAAAAAACCCUAACCCCCAUUGCUUUCCCUCUCUCUCUAUCUACACAUUCACACGCAUACCACUCCAUUGAAAGCAGCCAUGUACAAAUCGAAGCUUCAAUUCUUGUGUCAACAGAAGUCAUGGGAUUUACCAGACUACUCCGUCACCAAAGAUGGACCCGAUCACAUCCCUCGUUUCAAGGCUACAGUCAUCGUCAAUGGCGUCCCUUUUGAGACCGAUGAUCAGAGCCGAACUGCCAAAGAUGCUCAGAACAAAGUCGCUAAACUCGCUCUCGAUCAGUUAUCUGCUCCGCCUCCGCCACCGCCUCCGUCCCGGUUUUUGAACCCUAAUCUGAGUCUUAAUCUGAGUCUCAAUUCUCCGCAACCUUCUCUCAUUCCAGAGGCUCAACUUCCAGCUUCGUCUUCAUCUGGUUUUUCAUCUCCAACCUCAUAUUCAGAUAUUAAUCCGUCCAUUGGAGGGACAACACAACCAACCAUGAUAAAGGCUAUACAAACUCCGCUGGUGAAUGAAGCCUCCUUGAGAGUCAAAGAUGGUAAGACAGAUGCACAACAUUUGUACAAAAGUAGGCUGCAAAGUUAUGCUCAAAGGAGAAAUCUCACUCUGCCUGAGUAUUCAUCUGAACGUGAGGGCCCUCCUCAUGCCAGUCGCUUCAGGUCUAAGGUUACAUUUGAUGGGAAAAUCUAUGAGAGUCCUGAAUUUUCCCUCACUAUUAAAGAAGCUGAACAUGCAGCUGCGAAAGUUGCUUGGGAGUCAUUGUCGCUCAAUGAAGUUGAGGAGGAUGAUUCUACUGUGUACAAGAAUCUCUUACAAGAAUUGGCUCAGAAAAAAGGUUUCCUCGUUCCGAAGUACGAAAGAACUGUUUCUGGUCCACCUCACAUGCCAACUUUUGUCUCAACUGUGGCAAUAGGAGGAGAGUCUUUUCAAGGACAAGCAGCAAAGAGCAAGAAGCAGGCAGAUAUGAAUGCUGCAAAAGUUGCUUACAAUUGCCUUCAAGAGCGUAAUAAAGCAAGUGUGGCCCACACAGUUCUUUCUAGUGUGACCCCCACAGUUCUUCCAAGUGUGACCCCCACUGUUCUUUCUUCUGGAUGUCAAAUAAAGAAAGCUUUGGAGGACUCAUCUUCCAUCCUGCAGUCGGUCAUCGCUGGUGAUUUGCAAAAGAGUGUCAGACCGGAAGUCAACUUCGUAAAUCAUGAAACGAAGGACGAGGAAUAUAUAGAUAAAAAUGAAGGACAAUGCUCAUCCAAAUUGACUACUGUAAAUGCCAAAGUUAGCACUGGUUGUGUUCCUGCCCCAUCUUCAGAUGCAAAUACCAAUGCAAAGAGAUGUAGAUAUUCUCCUUCACCUGACCGCAUGUAUGCCUCUUUGCGUGAUCCAUUUCCUUCGACCUCUUCCUCGCCUAGUGAUGGUGUGUCUUCACCUUCACAUUCAGAAGGCUGUACUAAUUCAUCUAUGGACUCAAACAAUGAGACAGCUGUUGAGGCAAGUGCAAUGAAUACCUUACCUCAUGAGAAUAUUGUGGUUUACCCUAGCACGCAAAACAUAAAAUCUCCUGAUGGUGCCACUGUGUUGCCCUUCAGCGAUGACAAAUGGGCAGGUUAUAAGAUGAAUGCAAGCCAGUAAUAUGAAGCUUUGAAACUGACAUCUCUUUGUUUAUGUUGUCUUGUUAAGAACUAGUGAACUUUCGGAUGGCGAUUUAGACAUUUACAACCAAAUGCUUGUUGCUUAAAGCUAGUAGUUUGGAUCUUAUCUUAGUUUGUUGACUAACUUUUAUGUGUUGAAAGAGUAGUUUGGAUUUUUUCUUAGUUUGUGGACUAACUUCUAUGUAUUGAAAGUUAGUCAAAAACUAUCACCGAAUGUGCCCUUUUUUUUUAUCAAUUCAGGUGAGUGAAAAUGUGAAAAA